GAGCCGCACUUUUCAGCUCAUUCUCCUCUGGUCAUUCCUCCUCCUAUCUUUGAUCAUUGUCUCUCCGUGCUCAGCCCAAACCCUCACUCACCGCGUCUUUUCAGCGUAUCAUUCUACUCCCCAACUCAUCAGAGGAGCUAAACUCCCGUGGAUUAUUUCAUUUGGAAAUUCUCGACAGCUGCAGGACUGGGUUUUAUACUUUGAACUUACUCUUCUUCCCCUAGGUGACUAUGGCCGUACCGGCUGCUUUGAUCCCGCCAACUCCUCUGGUCCAGCCGCCUUCGAUCUCUACUCUUUCUGCGACCACCUCCCCGCCGUCGAUAACUUCACCCCCGUCUCCCUCAAUGGCCCCCUCCGGACAGAACCUGUUCCGCUCGGAGCUCCUCGCCACCAGUAGCCCCGGCAUCCUGACCCCGACUGGGGCUCUGCCCAGCAAGCCAGUAUACUUGACUCCGUCGCCUGUUGAGAACACCCCGCAGAACAACGAGUGUAAAAUGGUGGAGUUGCGGGGGGCUAAGGUGGCGUCUUUCACCGUGGACGGGUGCGAACUCAUUUGCCUGCCCCAGGCAUUCGAUCUGUUUCUGAAGCACCUGGUCGGAGGACUGCACACCGUAUACACCAAGCUGAAGAGACUGGAGAUCACGCCGGUGGUCUGCAAUGUGGAGCAGGUCCGCAUUCUGCGAGGGCUCGGAGCCAUCCAGCCAGGAGUCAACCGCUGCAAACUCAUUUCCAGAAAAGACUUCGAGACUCUGUACAACGACUGCACCAAUGCAAGCUCCAGACCAGGCAGACCUCCUAAGAGGAGCCAGAGUGUGACAUCACCAGAGAACCCACACAUCAUGCCACACUCUGUCCCCGGUCUCAUGUCCCCUGGAACAUUCCCAUCCUCAGGGCUGACAGCAGCGGCGGCGGCAGCUGCCAACGCGGCCAUCGCCGAGGCCAUGAAGGUGAAGAAGAUCAAGCUGGAGGUGAUGAGCAGCUACCACAGCAACGCCAACCAGCAUGGGGCCAAUGGCGAGAACGGAGAUCUAAGCUCCAGCGUGGGUUUGGAACUGCCCUUCAUGAUGAUGCCCCACCCCAUGAUCCCUGUUAGCUUGCCCCCUGCUUCUGUUUCCAUGGCAAUGAGCCAGAUGAACCACCUCAGCACCAUCGCCAACAUGGCCGCCGCCGCACAGCAGCAGAGCCUGCCCUGCAGAAUGGUCACCUCAGUCAUCAAAGAGCGUGUCCCAGAUAGUCCCUCCCCCGCCCCUUCCUUAGAGGACGGCAGGAGGCCCGGCAGCCACCCAUCGUCCCACCGCAGCAGCAGUGUCUCCAGUUCGCCGGUCCGCACAGAGAGCUCCUCAGACAGGAUACGUACGUCCCCCUAUUCCCUCCCCAUGCAACGAGUCAGACUGGCUAACUGCGUGUUCAGUGCCGCAACCAUACAUCAGAAUGGUUUGUCUAUGAACCAAAUGAACCAAGCUCUGCUGGGCCUCUCCCCUAGCAUUCUGCCUGGGCCUAAAGAAGGAGACCUAGCCCACGACAUGAGCCACGAAGCAAAGAGGAUGCACAUCGACAAAGAUGACAAUCCAAUGUGCACCCCGACGGCGAGAGACAGCUACGAGAGGCUGUCACUGGCUGGACAAGGUCUACCACCUGGCUUCCCUUCGCCAUUCCUGUUCCCAGACGGCCUGUCAUCUAUUGAGAAUCUCCUCACUAACAUACAGGGCCUGCUGAAGGUGGCAAUUGACAAUGCGCGGGCCCAGGAGAAGCAGGUGCAGCUGGAGAAGACGGAGCUGAAGAUGGAGCUGUUCAGGGAAAGAGAGCUCAGGGAGACCCUGGAGAAACAGCUCGCUAUCGAACAGAAGAACAGAGCAAUAAUCCAGAAGCGUUUGAAGAAGGAGAAGAAGGCUAAGAGGAAACUGCAGGAGGCUCUGGAGUAUGAGUCUAAGAGGAGGGAGCAGGCCGAACACUGCAUAAAACAGCCGUCGCCCUCAGAGAGCCUGCGCUCAGUCAAUGACUCACUGACCCCAGAGAUGGAGAGUGACCGCAGCACUGGAAGAACAGAUGCUGAGAGGGCAAUACAAGAUGGAAGACUGUUCUUGAAAACCACAGUGAUGUACUGAUAAGAUGAUGAGCUAAAGAAGAAAAACAAUCUGAUGAAGAUUCUCAAGAGCCCAGGUGGAUUUCAUAGCAGAAACAGGUCACACUGCGUGUACUGUAGCAGUUCGAUGGAAGUGUGUUUGGCCAAACACCGGAAACGGGUUGUGUCUGAAUGUAGAAACUCUUUUUCUCACAGAUAUCAACAUUACAUAGUCGCUAAAGCAGGUUUUGAUGCAUUGAGGUUGGUUGUUUAAAAAAAUUCAAUAAUUGCACAGUAAAAAUGUACCAAGGGGUACACUGUUGGUAAUAUCGCAAAGAAAUUCACAGCACUGAAGAUUUUUUAUACUGUAUUUCAACCAGCGACAAAGCUUUGAACAUGAUCAGACUCAGAGGUUGUGUUUUGUAUUUCAAGUUUAAUUCCGAGAUGUAAAAAAAUAUAUAAAGCUUGGAAAGAACCUCUGUGAUUUUUUUUAUUUAUCCGUAUGUUGAUCAAAAGAGACGACUGAGAUUUGAUUUGAAUGUUUUCUAAAUUAGAAGAAAAUACAAUAAAGUUUCCUUUUUACCAUU